UAUAAUAAACUCCUCCUCGGAGCGAGAGAAUGAACAUUACUAAGCAUCUUAGCAAAUUGCAUUCACAAGAAAUUCCUUCAGAAAACCAGCAUGAGGGAAUGGGGUGUGGUUGCUUUGCUGUUAUCCAUAGAGUUCUUGGAUGUGAUUGUGUACACUCUAAGCAAAGCAGCCAUGAAGAAGGGCAUGAAUGAUUUUGUGUUCGUCAUGUACUCCAAUGCAUUGGCAUCUUGCUUACUUCUUCCCUUAACCUUAUUCUUUCACAGGAAAAGAGCUCCUCCGCCACUCACUUAUUCCUUGGUGGGCCAAAUAUUUGUUAAUGGCUUGUUAAGUUGCAGUGUUCAGAUGCUAAGGUUUUUUGGAAUCGGUUUCAGCUCUCCUACUUUAGCAACUGCAAUGUCUGACUUAAUCCCUGCUUUUACCUUCAUACUUGCCAUCUUCUUCAGGAUGGAAAAAUUGGAUUGGAAAACUAACAGCACACAGGCCAAGGCCAUUGGGACAUUUGUAUCAAUCACUGGAGCCUUGAUAAUUACUCUGUACAAGGGCCAGGCAAUCAUAAAUAAUCAUCCGUCUAAUAAAUUGUUUCCCAAAAACCUCGUUUCAUCUGAAAAUUUUGAUUGGGUAAUUGGAGCAGUGUUACUUGCGGGUCAUAGCUUUGUUCUCUCGUUGUUGUUUAUAGUUCAGACAUGGAUAAUCAGAAAUUACCCUGCAGAGCUUAUGGUGGUACUCAUUCGCGGUACAUUAGUAGCUCUGCUAUCUGUUCCAGCUUCACUGAUUUCAGUUAAGGAUCCAAAGGCUUUGAGAUUGGGAUUUGAUGUGCAGUUGAUAGCUAUUAUAUGUCAAGCAAUUUUCAGCGUAUCCUUUCGAAGUGUUGUUCAUAUAUGGGUGAUGGGAAAGAAGGGCCCUCUCUAUGUUGCAAUGUUUAAGCCAAUUGGAAUAGUCUUUGCGGCCAUAAUGGGAAUUUCGUUACUGGGUGACUCUCUCUAUCUUGGCAGUGUGCUUGGAGCAGCCAUAGUGGUGAUUGGUUUUUAUGGUGUUCUUUGGGGAAAAAGCCAAGAGAGAACGAAGGAAGAGAGUGAAGAUCAUACGUUGGAAUCAUCCUCGCCCGUUGCCCCUCUUUUGCAGAACAAGAGAAUGGAAGAAUAGAAUCAUCCCUGAGAUAAUGAUGGAAUCAAAUACUGGUGGUUAUUUUUUGGCAAAUGCUGAAAUUAUUAGCACUUACAGAUCUUCAAGAUAAAUGUCUCACGAUGUAAUAUUUUGACGGCAGACUGAGAAAACAAAAAAAUUUUAGUCUAAUUUGAUAAGAUUAUAUGGGUCUGUUUCAUGUUCAAAGCACCCCUUGAUUUGCAGCACUGCACCUAAGACAGCUUCUUGCAUCAGAUAUUCAUUUCUUGAAUAUCAACAU